GAACGCGCACUAUCCGCUGCAGCAUCCGGGUCCCGAGCAAACCAAUCCGCGCGGAGAGAGAGGCGUUCUGAGCGCGAGGCUCCGGUAGCCCCCCCUCGGGAAAACUAAAAAACCGGAGCCAGAGAUGCCCCACCGCCCAGCUGCGGACUGCCUUAACGGGCUAAUGUGAUUCAUGUCAUAUAUUUAUAAAACUUUUUUUUUUCGUAAUCGAUUUCUGGCUGUUUUGAUGUUAGUUUACUUGCUAACUGGCUAGCCAUCGGUUGAUGUGUGUUGUGGCUGUGAGCGCUGCUUUAUAGUGUUUGCUAUCUGGCCCAGCACACAAGGCUCUUACCCGCGGCUUUGGUGCCUCGGUGUUUCUUCAUACAGCAAAAACCACGAAGAAGCUGGAGCAAAAUAAGAAGAAUGGGUGCGUUCUUAGACAAGCCAAAGAUGGAGAAGCACAAUGCUCAUGGGGAGGGGAACGACCUGCGCUACGGACUCAGCAGCAUGCAGGGCUGGCGUGUGGAGAUGGAGGACGCACACACGGCUGUGAUAGGGCUGCCUUACGGCCUCGGCCUGUGGUCGUUUUUUGCCGUCUACGAUGGGCAUGCAGGCUCUCAGGUUGCCCGUUACUGCUGUGAGCAUCUGCUGGAUCACAUCACCAGCAACCCGGACUUCAGGGGAGGCUGCUCAGGAGGUGGGGAUUUAAUGAAUGCUGAGCCCUCCGUGGAGAGUGUGAAAUGUGGAAUCCGCACAGGCUUCCUGCAGAUCGACGAGCACAUGCGGGCCAUGUCCGAGCGCAAGCACGGGGCGGACCGCAGUGGGUCCACAGCGGUGGGCGUGAUGAUUUCUCCUCAUCAUUUAUAUUUCAUUAAUUGUGGUGACUCCAGAGCCUUGCUGAGCCGCAAGGGUCACGUUCACUUCUUCACCCAGGACCACAAGCCGAGUAACCCCCUUGAGAAGGAGAGAAUCCAGAACGCAGGUGGUUCUGUUAUGAUCCAGAGGGUCAACGGCUCCCUCGCUGUCUCCCGUGCUCUCGGCGACUUCGACUAUAAGUGCGUGCAUGGGAAAGGCCCCACUGAGCAGCUGGUGUCCCCGGAGCCAGAAGUGUAUGAGAUUGAACGCUCUGAGGCUGAGGAUGAAUUUGUGGUGCUGGCCUGCGAUGGCAUUUGGGACGUCAUGGCCAAUGAAGAACUGUGUGAUUUUGUGCGCUCACGCUUGGAAGUGACCGAGGACCUGGAGAGAGUGUGUAAUGAGAUCGUGGACACGUGUUUGUACAAGGGCAGUCGUGACAACAUGAGUGUGGUGCUUGUAUGUUUUCCUGGUGCCCCAAAAAUCAACCCAGAAGUGGUGAAGCGAGAGGCGGAGCUAGAUAAGUACCUGCAGAACAGAGAGGGUGGAGCAUGUAAAAAGGCAAAUAAAUAAAAUGUAUUACAAAUACGAAGAAAGAGUUCUAGAAAGUGAGCAUUCUUACUUAAUUAGGGGAGUUUGUUAGAUGGCAGUUUACACUUACCAAUUAAAUAUACGUUACAUCUAACGUUAAGUUUCCAAUUAACGAAUCCCCAUAUUGGAGAGGAAAGACUCAGUGGUACUGUAUUAGCACAGUUAGGACUAUUUAGGAUCAAUUUUAACCAGAGAGAAAUACCACAGUGUGAAUUUAUUUGAGCUUAUAUUGAUAAUUAGAGGCUUUUAUUUAUUGCCAAUAUUGAAAAGCACUUACACAGUUUAGAGGUAACCUGUAGCUUCCCCAGAGGUUUUAUUGUAGUGCAUCCGAGAAUCCUCCAAACCAGUGCAUAUUACUUGGUAUAUUAUUAGCUGCUAAGUGAUGGUGAGUAAGUGCAAUUGUAGUUUAGGAAAAAGGAGUGAUGAAAACCCAACAUUUGGCUCUGCACUUUUUCAUUAAACGCUGCUAUUCUUAAAGGCAUCUUCUAUUAAUAAGAGAGAGACCAAAUUUGAGAUCUCAGUUAGAAUACAAUAUAUUAUGUGUUCGAGCAGAAUUAAUACAAAGUGUAGUUUUGCAUACUGUUUGUGACCGUGUGUUGUUCAGAUAGUUGUUCAUCCACUUAUACAAGCAUGUGUUUGAGUCUCGCACCUGUUUCAUUUGCAUCUUUCUGAGAAGUCGAUCUAAGUGAGAGUGAAUGUCAGGCCUCCACUGCUGAUUACCUGAAAUUUUAGCUGACACUACUGUAAGUGGCCUGAUGGUGCAGUUUCGUGUCUAUAGCGGUGGCCACGAGCAUUUUAAUCUGCAUGAUUCCUGUUCUGUAAUAUGGAACAUUGUUGCCUUAGGCCGAAUUUAGAGUGACUACCUUGAUUAGAAUCGAUAGGUUAGCAUUUGGUAUCAACCCCAACUGCUUGGAAGAGUAAAAUUCAAUCCAAUCGACACAUGGUACUGAAAGCAUGCACUGUACCGAUAGCACGAUAAGUUGUGCACACCUCUUGCAUGUACGCUACCUUAAGAAAAAACAGGGAUAGAUCUUAUUUAGAGUUAAGUUGGUCUGACAGUAGUUUUGUACUUUGUACAGUAUACAUUUGUAACCCCUGAGCAACAGCUUUCUUGUGAACUCAACAGAGUGUUUGAAAGAUUGUGUCAAUGUUUUACAAUCCUCUCCAAGUUGUUUACUACUUGUUGCCUCAAACUGACACUUUGUCAGUCCUCUGGUUUGUCUAUAAAUAUUAAGAAAAAUCAUUUAGUUAGGGAAUUCUUGGUGCAUAGAGUGGCAUUCAGCCUGUUUGCACUUUUUGAGAUGUAGACCCUUGUUGUUACAAUGAUUGAACAUUUAUAGUACAAUGGUACACUGCUUUUGUGUCUGUAAAACCAACAAGAUUUGGCUUUUUUCCUUCUGUACCUACGAUUUUGGAAGCGUCUCAUUUAAUUUUUAUAUUUUUAAACCCCUUGGACUUAAAAUGGCACGACAAGCAAUUUGGCUAAUGUGCAAUGUAUAGUUCACCUAAAAAUGAAAAUAAUUUUCUCACCCUCAUGUCGUUCAUAGAAACUCGUGGAAAACUUUGAAUCCUAUUAACUUUAAUAAUAUGGACAAAAAUAGCAGACAGUUUUUAAAGUAUCUUCUUACAUAGAAGAAAGAAAAAAACAUCAUUUUGAGGUUCGAAGUAAAUGAUGACAUAAUUGUAAUUUUUGGGAGAACUAUCACUUUUAAAUGUGACGUGACGCAGUGCAAAAACCUGGCCAAUCAGAACAGCUCCCACUGUUUCAGAAUGUGUGAAUCAGUUCCUCCUCGUCCAUGUUUGAUGUUUAAUAUAUAUGAAGUCGAUAUACUUGAGCAGAACUUCAGUCUAGUGAAUUUUCAGUGUGGACAGGUCUACCAGUGCACAACACGAGAAAAAAUAACCACGUUACCGGCAAAAUGUAGAGUUGUUUUAUCAAAUCGCACCUUGUUACAGAAACUGAUUUUUUUUUUCUUGUUUUUGCCUGCAUUAGUAAAGCAUGGUUCUUUUUAUUUAGCAAAAUUUCCCCUUAGAACCAAAAGAUCCCACAUGUUCUUUGUUUUACCAGGAGAUAUAAUUUAGCAUUAAGAUGUGUUUAUCUUGAUGAAAAACAUAGUGUGCCUGCUCAAGAGAACUCUUGAGAUUAAAAUGAUUGUAGGUUGUUCCUGUACCCAUAUCAUUUUGCUUGGGUUUGCUGUUGUAUCUCCUCACUGUUUGACAUAUCGUGAUAAUCCACUGUUUAUUAAAUUAGCCUUAAAUAUUUUCUUCCAUAAUAGCAUAUGUGAGAUCCAUAUGCUUUGAUGAGACAUGUCAUGUGUUUGUAUACCUACAAAGAGUGACAAGGUUCUUCUGGGAGAGCCUUUAAUUGUGCCUAUGAGUUAGUUUAUGGCCAGUUGUAGCAUUCAGAUGAACUUUCUAAGUCUUUUGAGGUGAUUUUGUUCAUUUUGUAACAUUAUUCUAAUCAAGCAUAAUUUUAGCUUGUGCGUUCGGUAGCAUUUGGCCCCUUACAGAAAGUGCCACGCGAGUGAUUUUAAACCAUUCACUUGAGAUCAUUGCUGCACAUAGCAAAACCCAACCCCCAGUGAGUCAAACAUUGGGUGGAAAUAUUGCCUUACUGACAAACAAAGCAGGCAUUAAAUGGGCCACAAAGUAUUGUAGGAGAUUACCUUGAUUUCUAACACUGUAGCACCAUGAAAUUGAGAUGUACAGGGAAAGAAAAUGUCAACUACAAGUCUGUCCUUCAUUGUUCAUUGCAUUUCAAAUGAAGCAACCAACUGCAAAUAAAAUAGGCCUUUGUAACACAUUGGAUAAUUUGAAAAUGUAUCUUCUGGAAUAUUAAUCAAAAGGGCAAACAGAAGCCCACUUAUUGUCAUAUACUUGCGCUGUGUUGUGAUAUUGGUCCCUGUGUGUCACUUCUGUCUUUAUCUCUCAGGUCCAAACUGACAAGCAACAGAGGACACUAUUUAUUUGAAUUAUUUAUUGUCUUUAUAGUAUUUUGCCUCUUUUGAAUGAAACUGUCCAUGCAUUCCAUUUUCUUUAGCCAAAUAAGCACUACUAAUGCAAUGAAAAUCUUAUAUUCUUUUCUCCUUGUAUUUAUUGUUAUACAUCUGUAAUGAAUAGUCCACUUGAACUGAAAGCUAUGCGAGUUAAAAUACAUCAUGUCUUGGGUUCAUCUACACAAAGUAGUUUCUUCACAUGCUGUUCACACUUUUCACUGUUCUGUCAGAGUAGAUCGGUCCAAGGUUGAUGAUGUGUAAGGGUUACAAUCUAUGAUCGGUCCUUUCUUAACCCAGCAGACUGUUGUGUCUGUGUUUGUUCAAUUUUACCUCUCAGAAGGUAACAGUUUUAUAAAGCUCAUUUUGAAAGAUUUUUCAAGUACAAUUUCAUAGAAAAGUAUUUAAAUAUUAGAGGGUGAGCACACAAUAUUUUCUUUCUUUAGUUUUUAUUUUUGUACAUUAGUACCCGGGUAUUAGCAAUGUAGACAAACUGUGAUCUUGUUAUUCUUGGCUGUCAAAGAUGAUUCAAAUAAAAUUAUUUACGGAAAACCCUGA